GAAAAAAGUUGCCAAAUCAAAAUUGUCACCGAGCCGAAGUCCGUUGAGCCCAAGGUCAGCACCAAGGAGGCGCAGUGCCAGUCAUCGGACUGCGAGACUUCCCAGCAGGAGCCGGUCUCGCAAGUAAGCAGCCCGAAGGGCGCCCGUGUGGGGAUCUUCAAUGCCGAGUACUUCUUGUCGCGUGCUCAGAUGAACGAUAAAAUCAACAACAUCUUGCGCUCGCCCACCAAGCCGCACAACGGGGUGCGCCAGCGCUCCGUCUACACCAACAACCCAUUGCCGCAAGCAAGCUUGCGUGUCGGCAUGACUGGGGGGCAGCUGUCCCAACGCAUGAGCAACAUCUCGCUGUCCUCCGGCACGGACUCCGUGGGCCACAUGGAUCGCGGCAGCAGCUCCAGUCUCGCUAGCAGCGCCACCGUUGGCACCAACACCAUCACCAGCGGAAUUUCCAAGGAGUGCGCCAAUUACCCCGUCGGCAGUCAUUCGGCCCGUCCAUACGUCCAACUGCCGGGCAUACACAUUUCCAACCCUCCCAGGGGGGCCAGGGAAUAUGCAGGAAAUAGACGCUGGCAAAAUGGCGCACAACGGCAAGGCACUCACAGGGCGCUACAAUGCCACGCCCACCUAUGGCUUCGACAGCGAGCAGAACUACUGCCUGUUGCCGUCUCCAAUGCCCCCUCCACCAUACGCCUUGGCACGCGUGAGCAGCACACGCAACUUCGAGCUCGAGAACCACACACCGCCGGCAUGUCCCGGCUCUGGACCCAUUGCCAUGACGAACGGCACCAUCCAGUUGCGCCUCCGCGAUGGCGUGCGCAUUGACAUGACUCUGGACAAGGCGGUGCGCGUGCUCAAUCAGCGCAGCAUGGUGGCAGUUGCUCUAUCACGCAACUGCAGCAACUUGGCUUU